GGGCCCAUACUGUCCCUUUAAUGCAGUGCUCCGGGGGCCCAUACUGUCCCUUUAAUGCAGUGCUCUGGGGCCCAUACUGUCCCUUUAAUGCAGUGCUCUGGGGCCCAUACUGUCCCUUUAAUGCAGUGCUCCGGGGGCCCAUACUGUCCCUUUAAUGCAGUGCUCUGGGGCCCAUACUGUCCCUUUAAUGCAGUGCUCUGGGGGCCCAUACUGUCCCUUUAAUGCAGUGCUCUGGGGCCCAUACUGUCCCUUUAAUGCAGUGCUCCGGGGGCCCAUACUGUCCCUUUAAUGCAGUGCUCUGGGGCCCAUACUGUCCCUUUAAUGCAGUGCUCUGGGGCCCAUACUGUCCCUUUAAUGCAGUGCUCCGGGGGCCCAUACUGUCCCUUUAAGGACCCACACACGUCACGUGACUCUUGACCUUUUCCAAGAUGGCGGCCUCCUGGCUUGCCCUCAGUGAAGGCCGGUGGGCCGUACCGUCUAUGCAGGAGGCCAUCGCUCUGGCCGGAGCCGCCGGCCGCUGGUAAAGGCUCCCCAGCCUGCGGGCCAACAGCACCGCUCCUCGCCAUCUCCCCGCCAUGUCUGCGAGCCAGCGCGCAGUGUAUCACGGGACAUGUAGUCCGCCAUCGCUCAGACUCCGACAGGAAGCGGCUCACAGGACUACAACUCCCGUGACCGCUUGCGGGCAGUGCUGCGGGAGAAGCCAGGAUCCUGAUUGGCUGGUGGAGGGGGUGCGCCUUAAAGGGCCAGUGACAGGUAUUGCUGCAGAGUCCCAUGGGCCAGGCUGGGGGACUAUUUACAUUAAUUUAACUGUGAUUAUCAUUAUUUAUUAAUUAUCAUUAUUAAUUAUUAUUAAUUAGAACUAGAUAUUUUAUUAAUAUACUCAUUGCACAAUUAAUAUACUGAAACAGUCAUUUAAUAUAAAAUAAUGUCAAAUCAGAUCGUAAUAAAAGGGGAAUCUACAGAUAAUCAUACACAGAGUUCUAAUAAAUUGUGUGACUUUUUCUUUAGUUUUUUUUUCAGUGGACGGCUGACGUUUGAAGCGUAUUAUUAUGCCUCGGGCUAAGAGGAAGCGAGCAUCGUCUGAGAGUGAGUACACCCUUCCAGGCACCGCUGCUGGGCUAUGCACUAACAAGUCCAACUUAAAUUAUAUUGGCCUCCUCCACUAAGCCGUGAGAAAUCCAGAAUAAUAUGGCUCAGAAUUCAGCAGCAAUCUAGGAAUCCAUUGCUUUAUAUUGAAAAACCUACUCUUAUUACGUUAACGUUUCUUUACAGAUUCCACAGAACCAGCAGCCAAAGCAGGUGAUAAGGAGGUGGAAAAGACUGUGACGAGCGGCGCCAUCACCCCUAAAAAUAAAUCUGCGCAGAAGACGGGCGAGCCAGAGGAAUACGCACACUGGCUGUUAAAAUCUGAGCCGGAGAGCAGGAUGGACAAAGGGAUAGAUAUGAAGGUAGGAGACACAGCCGUCCGUUCAGUGCCUGACAGUAUUCUCCCCACUCUAGCGUAGAAACCUCUAUCGUAAGGAUCUGGUUUCCACUUUGUUGCAUUAACGUGUUCGGAGAGUGAGAUUACACAGCAGAAAUUAACACAAUCUGCCGAAUGGUUUAAUUAUGUCAGAGAAUGUUCAGUGAUUUGUAGUGCAAUCUGUGUAAUACACCAGCAGAGCAGUGUCAAGCCUUUCACCUCCAGCUAUUGAAGGACUACAAAUCCCAUAAUCCCCUGACAGCCCAUUAACUGCCUUGUUGCGCCUUCAAUCAAGAAGUGGUUGCAAUUAUUGUCCCGCUAUAUAGUGGAUCUCCAUCACCAUACUGUGACGGACAGACUGGCAGAUCUCAAUAUUUACUUCCUGGUGAAACUCAUUUUAAACACAUCCCCCAGUGAUUUGCGUGUCUGACGGCUGCGCUGUGCCGCCAUGUUCUUGCCUUUCAGUUUGGAAUCGAGGAUUUGAAGAGUCAGCCUAAUCAGACUGCCUGCUGGGAUGGAGUCAGGAACUAUCAGGUGUGUUUGGGUUUUGUUUUCUCAGAUUAAAGCUACAAGUUUAGCAUUUAUAGAUCGUGUCAUUUAAAGGGUUACUCCAAGCACCAUAACAACUUCAGUGGUUUUUUUUUUGCUUCCCCCCCCAAAGUAUGAGGACUUCCAAUGUAAUGUCUUAGAGUUAAACUCCAUGUAAUGCAGGAAUUGCCUCUAGUGGAUAGCUGAGAGACCGCCAUUAAAGGCAGUCGAAAGUAAAAUAUAUUGCCAGCUAAUGGGACAGGUAGACUGCACCCAGACCACUUCAUGGAGAUGUAAUGUUGUGGGUGCCCAUAGUGUACCUUUAAAGCAAAUGGCAAACUGCAUAAAUUGUCUGUAUCGGUGCAAUAAUAGCUUUUAAAGCAGCACUGGACGUUUCAACCCAGUCGAAAGAUGUACUGAGACAAAUUAAGGAUUAUUGGGUUUCCGUAAUUUUUCUAAGCCUGACAAUUAUCACUUUUUCCAGCCAUCACUAGUGACAGCUGCAAGGAAAUUAACUCUUUGUAUGGAGGAUCCUACAGUCUCUCAGGAUCCUUCAUAGACUUCUUACAGAAUUACAGAAUAGAGUAUGUAUGCGUGAGAGUACAGCAGUGAGGUCUGUGGAGGAUCCUGCGAGACUAUUAGCUCUCAGCAGCCAAAGGACCAGGAACAGAAAAGGCGUGACAGGAAGACCAUGGCAGUGCCAGCGAAGGACCGGUUAAGGCAAGCAAUGUUUUCCUUUGCCUGCCCGGCACUGGACCCCCAGUGGCUUUGUCACCAUCGGAUGUCUCUGCAAAUUAUGUAGAGUCACCCGACAGUGACAGAUCCACAUUACAAUAAGCUUUAAAAGGGUAAAUUGUUGCAUUCAGUGUGUGUAUUUUCUCCCUUAGUUCUGUUUAUUUUUACCCUGUUUCUCUUCCCAUCCCCUGUGCAGGCAAGAAACUUCAUGAGAAAAAUGAAGACUGGGCAGAAAGCCUUCUUCUAUCACAGUAACUGUAAGGAGCCUGGUGUUGCGGGCGUGGUGGAGGUAUACACUGAUGGAAUUAUCACAUGUACCAGAGAGCCGUGUUUAAUUUAUUCAUUACAUUUAUACAUAGAUCACCCACAACCCUAAAACCACUGACAGAAUAACGGAUUAUAUUGUUACAACGGCAACUGUCAAUAGGCGGAAUAUAUUAGGCAGCAAGUGAACAGUCAGUUUGUGAAUUUCACGUGUUAGAAGCAGGAAAAUGGGCAGGCGAUGAGGUCAGAGUGACUCUAACAAGGGCCAAAUAGUGAUGGCUAGACGACUGGGUCAGGGCAUCUUCAAAAUGGCAAGUCUUGCAGGGUGUUCCUGCUGGGUAGUGGUUAGUAUCUACCAAGAGUGGUGCAAGGAAGGACAACCUAUGAAAUUACAUCAGGGCCCUGGGUGACCAAGUCUCAUUGAUGAACUUGUGGAGGAAAAGCUAGCCCACCUGCUCUGAAAUACCCAAUGCUGGCCAUGGUAGGAGGGUUUUCAGAACACGCAGUACAUUGCAGUUUGCUGCAUAGCCGCAGACCGGUCAGAGUGCCCAUGAUGACCCCUGUCCACCCGCUAAAGCACCUUCAAUGUGGACAUGAGCAUCAAAACUGGACCAUGGAGCAAUGGAAGAAAGUUGCCUGAUCUGAUGAAUCACGUUUUCUUUCAGAUCAAGUUGAUGGCCCAAGUGCGUGCGUGCGUAUAAUUUUCCAGGGGGAAGAGAUGGCAGCAGGAUGCAUUAUGGUUUGAGGAACAUGACAGAGUUCAAGCUAUUGCCUUGGCCUCCAACUGCCUCCGAUUUCAAUCCGAUUGAGCAUCUGUGGAAUGUGCUGGAAUAACAAAUCCAAUCCAUAGAAGCCCCACCCGUCAGUUUUAUCACAAAUCUGUAAAUAUUCCAGUUUUAAUACAGAACUAGGUGUCUUUCUAACAUGCAGCUACUUUGACCGGAAGCUCAUUUUCAUGACUGAUCCUUCAUGUUAGAUGUAUGAAUACCAAAUGUAAAGAUGCCAUUUUAUUUAAUUUUAUGCUACUCACCCACUUGAACAGCUUUGCACUUAAAUGGUCACUGGUCUCCUGUUCAGACUGUUUCAGUCCUCUGCCCGUGACUUUUUAAUUUGGUACAAUGCUGUAUUCCCAACAUCUACAGAAUAGGACAUGCAGCUACAGCACAGGUUAUAACGGAAUACAGCAACGUACUCCAAUCUGUAAUGAAUGACAUCAUUCUAAAUAUCUUCUAUUGUUCUUUUAAUGGAAUGUUGUUCUGAUACUUGCUCUUUAAAAGAUAACACUAAUGUUUAUAUGGCGACUUUCCCUGAGGAUCGCUAUUUUUAAGAUGCUCAAGUUCAUAAAAGACAAGUCUUAUAACUUUCUUAAAAUACAUAUUUGCAAUACUUAUUUGAAGGGACACUCUAAGCACCAAAACCUUGGCUUAAUAUCUUGCCAUUUAGGAGUUAAAUCACUUUAAGUAGCUGUUGCAAUACAGCCAUUUGCAGAGAUUCAUUCAAGCUCAUUGGACACUUCCUGUAAAGAGAUCCAAUGUUUAUACUUCCUGUAUUGCAUUGUUUUAUUUACAAUUUCAUAUCUCCUGUUCUGUUACUAGUCUGCUGGAGCCUCUUAUGUGCGAUUGCAGUUCAAGUAACAGAGCAGGAGAUCAUAACUUCUAAAGUAAACACACUGUGCUGUAAGAUUGUCAGUCACAGGUAGAGGAGGUGUGACUUUUAAAACAAAUUGUUACUAGACACCAUUGGAAGCCAUAUGUUGUGACAGACCUGAGAAGCACAUUGCUUUCCAUUUUACCAAACUGCUCUCUAUAAUAUUAUAUUCUAAAUACAGAUUGUAAAAGAAGCCUACACAGACCACACACAGUUUGAUCCAAAAAAUCCACAUUAUGACUCCUCGAGUAGCCGGGACAACCCCAGAUGGUUCAUGGUGAGUGUGAGACCCAACCAGUUCACAUUGGAGGUGAGGUUCCAGAAUUAGUCACCUAGUAUAGGACUGUACAUGUUUUUAGCAGUUAGUACAGCAGCAAGAACCUGGAGUUUAGUUAAAACGUUCCAUAAUCUGCCUUCUGAGAAAUAGGUACCUUGUUAUAGUGCGCCAGUCUUAACGGACGUGCUGUCUUGGCACAUCUGUGCAAAUCUUACAGUAACAUUAUGAAUUUAAUUCGGCACACAUCGUCACUUUUGGCAGUAGCUUAAUAUUAACACUGCGUGCAUCACACACACACUAAAGGUUUAGAGGACGCAGAAGGUCCCCGCUGUAUGUUAAAGGAAGAUGUCCUUCCUGUACAGGUGGAUGUGCAGUUUGUCCGGAUGCUGAACCGUUUCAUUCCGCUGGCAGAGCUCAAACAGAUUCACCUAAAGCACAAAGCUUCGGGGGGCCCAUUGAAGAACAUGGCUCUUUUUACCCGAGCGAGGCUGUCAGUGCAGCCACUAACACAAGGUGAGUCUGGACAGGCAGGGGGACAGGUAGAAUCCAUAUCCCAACUUCUCACCUUACUGGGACAUCCUGAUCUGACUUGUGAAGGCAUGGUUACAAAUCCUUGCUAAACUGCUCCACCUAGUGGUAGAGCUUGAAAUAUUCUGGCAGGUUCAGGAAGGAUGUACAAAAAAGGGAGAUUAAUAAAUUAAAUUGCAACAUUUUGGCUAAAAUGACACACUAUAGUGCAGGGGUAGGCAACCUUUUAACAGCACUGUGCCGAAAUAUGAUUGUGAUGUCCCGUAGCGUGCCGGCCCUAUUUCUUUAAAUUGAGGUGUGCAUGUUGCCAUAUUCUGCCUGUGUCAUUUAUACUGCAUUUCUUUGUAUCGUUGUAUUUGUGCGUAUAGGAGCUAUUAUAUUGUAUAUGUUCAUUAAUAGUUUGUGGUAUCAUGUAUAAUAAGUAUGAAUUUGGGCUGUGUAUGGGGGCUGCUUGUGGAAUUAUGUGUGGAUGGAUAUGUCACAUUAUGUAUAUGGUAGUGUGUGUAUGUGUGGGGCUGUUUGGGGUAUUGCAUGUUAGAGGCUGCAUGUGGGGUUGUGUGCAUGUAUGUGGAUUGUUGGUGGUGUUGUGUUUGUGCGGACUGUGUGUGUGUUUGUAUUAUUUGUAUGUGGGGGGGGGGGGCGGGAAUUCUGUAGCUCUGAGGCAUCCCUGGGUUUUUGUGGGGUCCAGGCUUGCCAGGUACAGCUCAAGGACAGAAGCUGCAACAGGAAGCUAUGGGCUGCUCUACUCCAGUGUGGAUUCCCAUUCACAAGUGCUGGGCGGAAGUGAUCUGAUAUCGCUUUCUCUAGGUGCUGCAGUGCAUAAAUGGAGGAUUGUCCUUCACCACCUUUUCAUAUUAGCAGAUUUCUGACGUUUCACUGGGACUCCUGACAGGCCAGAGCCUGUUUGGCUCUUGUAGCCUUGAGUGCCGUGCAAAGGCACCUCGAGUGCCGUAGGUUGCCUACCUCUGCUAUAGUGGAUAAAGCUAUAAAAUGCGUAAGUAAUGUUGGUGCCUGGCGUAUCUUUAACACAAUAUAUUAUCAGCUUCUUAGUAUAGCAGAAACUGGGUUUGUCUUUCCUUUAUCUUAGUUUGGGGUAAGUCUGGGUAUGCAUUCAUUUGCAUUUUUUUUUUUUCUUGCACAGAGGAGUUUGACUUUAUCGUAAGCCUGGAAGACGUUAAAGCGUAAGAUUGCAGAAUGCACGCAGUGGGUGUGGCUUUCACUGAAUGUUGUUGCUCGGCAGAUCUGCCCCUAAAUCACAGCAGCGGAUCAGAGGAUUAUAUUGACAUCAUUCCAAAUUGUGUAUAUUUCUGGACCACGUUUCUAAUGAUGCUCAUUCAAAGUUCAAAUUAAUACAGUAACAGGUUUGCCAUCACUCUUCUAUGGUAUUUUUCUAUAUAUUAAAACUUGAAUUUCCUAUUUAUUUGCAUUCAAGUGAUAGAUUCAUAUGUGGGUUCACUAUGGUCCAUUUUUGGAUGCUGUGAUUUUAUCGUACUUUACAAAACUGGCCACAUGCAGG